AUGCAUCAAAAAAGACAGCACCCUCUCGUAACACAACAGCGGGCCAAGAAAGCAUGCAAUUCACUUGCAUCAAAGGGAGUCAGUUAUUCAGCAAUCUCUCAGGCUAGCAAGCGUAAAGACGCAUCUGCAGAGUCCGAUGAAGGCAGCAUGGGUAUUGGGAGGCAGGGGCCACCACAAAAGAAAGCACGAAAAGAAACCGAACAGCAGCUAACUUCAGCUCGAACCUCCCAAGAUGCGUCUUGCAUGAUCAAUGACGCGUUUUUAGCAGAUGAAGAUAUCUCUGAUUAUAAACCUAGUGGCGACUCAGAGUUGGAUACUGACGCAGAAACUGACGAUGACUUAGAGGAACUGGAGUCCGUUGUAAAGUUCUUGUCAGCUGAAAUACCAAAAUUUGUCUCGACAUCAGAGGCUGAAAGGCGUGACUUCCCGCUUACCCAACCAACCUGGCCUCAUACAUCUGAGUCUGCACCAAAGCUGACACAGAAAACUGAAUCAUUUCUGUCUAAAUCAACUGUGGCUACCAAGUUGAGGCAGAUGGCUGAACCAUCUCCCAUGGCUUCCAGGUCAAGGCAAACAGCUGAACCUUUCCCCUUCUCGUUGGCCCAACCAAAGGCUCCCAUGGUUUCUAGGUCAAGGCAAACAGCUGAACCUUUCCCCUUCUCGUCAGCCCAACCAAAGGCUCCCAUGGCUUCCAGGUCAAGGCAGACAGCUGAACCUUUCCCCUUCUCGUUGGCCCAACCAAAGGCUCCCAUGGCUUCCAGGGCAAAGGCUCAGUCUGCGCGUGAUCGUAAACGAGAAAAUGAGACACCUGUUUGGGUAGAUCAUUCCAAUGAUGUGGAGGAACUCGAGGCUGCGUCAAAUGACUAUGCUGAUCCGAAGUCUCCAAACAACAACAUUUUGGUACUAGAUGAUGAUGAUGAUGAUGAUGACGACGACCAUCAUGGUCAUUCUCAGGGGCCCAAACUUGUACGGAGCGCAAAGCCUGGAAAGUUAAAACUCACAGACCAGGAUGACAGCACCCAACGUGUUGUCCAACGAGCGAUACUGGAAGCCAAGGUUCAUAUGACCUUUAUCAAUGGCUAUCCAGACAUCACCGAGAAAAACCAAUUUACACAAGAUGCCCUCUUAACUGCAGCUCGCACCUGUGGCGUCACACCCAUCUAUGAUCGCCUCAAGACUAACGAGUUGUAUGCGUCUGCACUUGCAUCUCUGGUUGAUGCCCGAGUGCCGCUGUUUUGUACCGAAUUAAAAGAUGACGCUUGUGCACAAGUCACAGCGUAUUACCGUCUUGGUCCUGAUUGCGUUGAUGCUGCUAAGGCUCUGCUGGCGAGCCACGUUUACCAUUAUGCGCAGCGUUUUGAUGUAGCAUUGCACGUGGAUGCACUUCAGGAGGAAAACAACCCCAUUCCACAGGCAACAAAACCUUACUCUGCGGAUAUAUUGCCUUACCUAAUGAAGGGACGUUACUUCAAUGGGUCCAAGUCAGUUGGCGUGAAAUUCACAGACCGUUUUAAGGAGAUUGCAGGAAACAAGGCCCAACGGCCUGAGGUAACAAUUCCGAUGGUUGCUUUGACCAGCACUUCGGUACAUUUUUGUUCUUGA